AUCAUGAGAUGGGCAUCUGUGGGGUGGGCAUCUGUGGGACGGACAUCAGUGGGGCAGCCAGGUCCUGUCAGCGCUACACCAGCACCAGCAGCCCCACAGCGCAGCGCUCACAGAGCCUCUGGCUGUUGUCUGGUCAGUGCUGGUGGGUCAGGUCCUGAUUGGUCGGUGCUGGUGUGUUGGGUCCUGGUUGGUCAGUGCUGGUGUGUUGGGUCCUGGUUGGUCAGUGCUGGUGUGUCGGGUCCUGGUUGGUCAGUUCUGGUGUGUUGGGUCCUGGUUGGUCAGUGCUGGUGUGUUGGGUCCUGGUUGGUCAGUUCUGGUGGGUCGGGUCCUGGUUGGUCAGUGCUGGUGGGUCAGAUCCUGGUUGGUCAGUUCUGGUGGGCUGGGUCCUGGUUGGUCAGUGCUGGUGUGUUGGGUCCUGGUUGGUCAGUUCUGGUGGGUCGGGUCCUGGUUGGUCAGUGCUGGUGGGCCGGGUCCUGGUCGGUCAGUGCUGGUAGAUCAGGUCCUGGUUGGUCAGUUCUGGUGGGUCGGGUCCUGAUUGGUCAGUGCUGGGGGUCGGGUCCUGGUUGGUCAGUUCUGGUGUGUUGGGUCCUGGUUGGUCAGUGCUGGUGUGUUGGGUCCUGGUUGGUCGGUGCUGGUGUGUUGGGUCCUGGUUGGUCAGUGCUGGUGGGCUGGGUCCUGAUUGGUCAGUUCUGGUGUGUUGGGUCCUGGUUGGUCAGUUCUGGUGUGUUGGGUCCUGGUUGGUCAGUGCUGGUGGAUCGGGUCCUGGUUGGUCAGUGCUGGUGUGUUGGGUCCUGGUUGGUCAGUGCUGGUGGGCUGGGUCCUGGUUGGUCAGUUCUGGUGUGUUGGGUCCUGGUUGGUCAGUUCUGGGUUCUGGUGGGUCGGGUCCUGGUUGGUCAGUUCUGGUGGGUCGGGUCCUGAUUGGUCAGUUCUGCUGUGUUGGGUCCUGGUUGGUCGGUGCCACGCGACGAUCCCGGAGCCGUUCCCGUUUUCUUUCCCUCUGGGCUCUGCGUGUUCCCUUCGGUUCCUUCGGUUCCGUUCCCCUUUGGCUUCGCAGUCAAACUUUGUACAUUGACACUUCUGAUUGUUAAUAGUAAAAACUGUAUUUUGGAUUUUUACAUGAGAGGAGAACCCACUUCUAUCGAUAUAAAUAUAUAUAAAUAUCUCUCUAUAUGCAAAUAUAUAUAAAACGAACGCA